CAGCAUUCAGCAUACAUUUGAAAAAUCAGAGCAAUGGCAGCAACAGGUUCAUCGCAACCAGGAAUGUGGUCCUUGAUCAAGGAUAUUGAUCACACAAAGACCACGUGGGCAAUCAGGGUUCGGGUAGUUAGGGCUUAUGAAGUUCCUCCACACUCCAAGGGAGGGGAGACUCUUGAAAUGGUUUUGCAUGAUGUAGAGGGUGACCGGAUUCAUGCCAUCAUCAAGCGGCCGCAGAUAGCCCUGUACAAGUCAAUGAUUACGGAGAACAAAGUUUAUGCCAUAAGAAACUUUUUGGUGCUUGAUAAUUACCAAUCGGUGAAGACCACAAGUCAUCCCUAUCUAAUUCAAUUCAUAUCAAAAACCCUGCUCAGGGAGGAUACAAGGACAGAACUGCCUAUGAUGGUCUAUGAUUUUCAGCCGUUUGACAUGCUGCAUGCCCAAAGAGUUAUCAACGACAAAAGUCUAAUUGACGUCAUUGGGAAGGUACUGUCCAAGAGCCUUAUUCAGACCCACAUCAGUAACGGGAGGACUGAUAGGCUAAUGGAGCUGACUUUGACAGACCCGGAGGGUAACAGGUUGGGUGCCGUAUUGUGGAACAAGUACAUAAACCAGUAUCUGGAUUAUGUUAAUGCUAAUGAAGGAGUGCCUGUCUAUGUGAUAUUUCAGCUCUGUAGGCCUAAAAGAUACCAAGGGAUCUUGACUGUGAAUUCGUCUUUUGAUGUAUCAAAACUCAUAAUCAACGGGAACACUACUGAGUUUCUCGAGUACCAAAGCGAGUUUCCAGCAGAUGGUGAUGACACCAUGACUCAAACCUGCAACACGCAAUGCUCACAGGCGGAAGGGAGGGAUGAUAUACUUGGUGGACAUGCUGUCAUCACCACCAUGGAGGAUUUGAUGAAGGCAACUGAGGAAAAUAUUUAUUGGGUGGUUGCGGAGAUAGUUUCUAUAGAAAACUUUCGGGAAUGGUGCUACCUAAGCUGCCCAACGUGCCACAAAAAAUUGCAGCCAGAAGACGAACGGUUUAGGUGUACAACUUGCAGCAUGUCAAUGGCAGAAGGAGUUUAUCGCUACAAGGUCAGUGUGUGUAUUAUGGACAACACUGGGCAUGGAAACUUCAUCAUUUGGGACAGGGAAUGCAUCGAUAUUCUGGGAAAAACUUCCGCAAGUCUAAAAGCCGAGGUUGAGAAGAAAACUGGGGAUCCAACUCGCUUUCCAGAAGACAUUGAAAGCUUGGUUGACAUAAAGGCAAUUUUCAAAAUUCAGCUAAGGAAGAAGAAAGCUGAGGAAAAUGCCUACAAUGAUGGAAUUACUCUAGGGGUGGUUAGCAUCAUAAGAGAUCCGAAUGUUCUCGCACUGUAUGAGAAGAAGGAGCAUUUGGAAACUAUGGAGGGUGAUGACAAUACCCCAGAAAAGAUUGGUUCAAAUGCAAAUUUGGGGGAAACGUCCAAUGGAGAAAAAUCAACUGUCACCAAGGGCAAGGGGAAACGAAUUUCGGCAGAAAAGGAGGUUUCUGCCCCAAUUGAGUUGCCCGAUACACCCACGGAAUGUACACAGAGGGAGGUUAAUGUGGGUCUGAAUGAUGAGGUCAAAAGAAACUUGAAUGAUGAAUUUUCAAGCAGUGGGAAUGGAAAGAAGCUGAAGAUCAAAAUCAAGCAGGAACCGCUCUAAUGCGGGUUCAGACCACGGAUGACAUUGCAUGAUAUUUUGUGGGGAACUACUAUGGUGUUUAUUUUUACUUGAAAACUGUUUCAGUGGCAGCAUGUAUGCCUUCACUUAUUGGGAUAACUGAAAACUGUGUAACAGGGCACUAACCCCUACUUUAUGGUAUUGUGUGGGGUGCUAUUUUGUUUAUUCAAUGUAAUAGGGUAACAGACCAUUAAACCCUACUUUUUGGCUAUAGUGUGGUGUGC